AAACGAGUGCAAUGCUCCAUGAAUGAGAAAAGGGAAAGGGAAAAGCGGAGGCUGAGGCACAAAGUGCAACUAGGCAAAUGCAAACUACAAACUACAGUCGCACAAUGCAAGUACGAACAGUACGACAGCCAGUAAAUUGCAAUCAAUUAAAUCCGACUUCAGCCAGAGCGACGCGUGCCCCAUGAUCCAAGCCCAAUGAUUUAACACAUCUCUGAUCAUGGAAAAUAAUUUCUACUGGCGCAACAAGGUGGCGGUUGUCACUGGAGCCUCCGUGGGCAUUGGAGCUACCACAGCUAUAGAACUGGCCAAUGCCGGAAUGGUAGUUGUGGGCCUAGCUCGUCGAGUGGAACUCAUUGAGGCACUCAGGGAUCAAGUGACCGGCGUUGGAAAGAUUUUUGCCCGGCAAUGUGACCUCAAUGAUGAAGAGCAGUUGGCCAGUGCUUUUAACUGGAUUCGUGAAAAAUUCCAGGCCAUUCAUGUGCUCAUCUGCAACGCUGGCAUCCUGAAGGCCAACUUCCUGAGCGAAUCCCCCACCAAGGACAUCAAGGAACUGUUCGACACGAAUGUGGUGGCCACCGCCAGCUGCCUGCGGGAGGCACUGAAACACAUGGCUGCGGUCAAGGUUCGCGGUCACAUUGUGGUCAUGAACAGCGUGCUUGGCCAUCGGAUUCCGGAAGUGCCGGUGCCCUUAUUCAGCGUUUAUCCGGCCACGAAGCAUGCAAUUACGGCCCUCUGCCAAACGGUGCGCCAGGAAAUACAUUUUCUCAAAUUAAAUAUUAAAUUAACGAGCAUUUGCCCGGGCAUGGUAGACACGGAUUUCCUUAGUGUUUACUCGCAGGCGGUAGCCGAGCUGCCCAAACUGCAGGCAAGGGAUGUGGCCAAGGCCGUGUUGUAUGCGCUGAACACUCCCGAUGGCGUCCAGGUGGAGGACAUCAUCCUGCAGCAGAUGCGGAAGGUCGAUUGAAUUUUAGUUUGAAUUUCAAGAGAAUUACAUUUUACCCAAAACGAUAUUAUUUGUACAUUUUGUAUAUGUUCUUCUAUGUAAUAAGAGAACAAAUGUACAUAUUUUUAAAUAUAAAAAAUUACAUUAUUGCAUUUCAAGC